AUGGCCGAGGGUGGUGAUGCGAACCUUAUCGGCCAGUUCGGCGUCGGCUUCUACAGUGCCUUCCUGGUAGCUGACAAGGUGUCGGUGACCUCCAAGUGCAACGAUGACCCGGUGCAGCACGUGUGGGAGUCCUCAGCAGAUGCUUCUUUCACAGUGGUGGAUGACCCUCGAGGCAACACCCUGGGCCGAGGCACGAGGGUGACGCUCCACCUGAAAGAGGAUGCUCACGACUACUUGUCCGAGGACAAGCUGAAGGAGAGCGCCAAGAAGUACUCCCAGUUCAUCCAGUUCCCCAUCUACGUGAAGGUGAAGAAGGAGGUGGAUGCAGAGGCCGAGGAAGAUGACGACGAUGACGACAAGGAUGACGAGGAGGAGAAGGACGACGUAGAGACGAAGGACGAAGAGGAGAAAGAGGAGGAAGACAAGAAGCCCAAGAAGAAAACCGUCUUCGAAUGGGAGCAGGUGAACACCCAGAAGGCCAUCUGGCUCCGUGCCAAGGAGGAUGUGACAGAGGAGGAGUACAAUGAGUUCUACAAGAGCAUCUCCAAGGACUACCUGGACCCGCUGGCGUACACACACUUCAAUGCAGAGGGCGAGAUCGAAUUCAAGUCAAUUCUCUUCCUGCCCAAGAAGGCCCCUUUCGACAUGAUGGACAACUACUGGACCAAGAAGUCCGAGGUGAAGCUCUUCGUCCGGCGUGUGCUGGUGGCCGAGAAGUUCGACGAGCUGCUGCCUCGAUACCUGAACUUCGUGCGAGGCGUCGUGGACUCAGACGACCUUCCUUUGAACGUGUCCCGCGAGCAGCUGCAGCAGAACAAGAUCAUGAAGGUGAUCUCCAAGAAGCUGGUGCGCAAGGUUUUGGAGCUGAUGAAGAAGCUGGCCAAGGACGAGGAGUCCGGCGGUGAUGACGAGGACGAGGAGAAGGAAGACGAGGAGAAGGAGGAGAAGGAGGAGAAGAAGGAGAAGAAGGACGAGGAGGGUCUCUGGAGCAAGUUCUGGAAGGAGUUCAACAAGAACUUGAAGAUGGGCUGCUACGAGGACGACUCGAACCGCUCGAAGCUCUCAAAGCUGCUGCGUUUCUUCACCACCAAGUCCGACGGCAAGGAGGUGAGCUUGGACAAGUAUCUGGACCGCAUGCAGGAAAGCCAGGAGAGCAUUUACUACAUGUCCGGUGAGUCCCUGGAGACCAUGAAGAAAGCUCCGGCCCUUCAGAUCUUCCUCAAGAAGGACUUAGAGGUCCUGAUGCUGCCGGACCACCUGGACGAGCCGUGCUUGCAGAAGCUGGCGGACUACGAGGGCAAGAAGUUCGUGUCUAUCCAGAAGGCCGACGUGAAGCUGGACGAGACGGAAGAUGAGAAGAAAAAGUUCAACAAAAUCAAGGACAUGUACAAGCCCCUGACGGACUGGUGGAAGAAGAAGCUAACGGACUUGACGGAAAGUGGUGCCAUGAAGGAGGCCGGCGUGAAGGUGGAGAAGGUCGAGGUCUCCAAGAGACUGACGGACUCGCCGGUGGUGGUGGUGACCUCACAAUUCGGCUACUCGGCCCAGCAGGAGAAGGUCAUGAAAUCCCAGGCCUUCCAGAACAAGGAGCAGCUCUCCAUGAUGGCCGGCCGCAAGACGCUGGAGGUCAACCCGAACCAUCCGGUGAUCGUGGACCUCCUCGCGAAGGUGAAGGCCAGCGAGAGCGACGAGGCCGCCGCAGGGACGGCGGAGGUGCUCUUUCAGACAGCAUUGAUCGAGUCUGGCUUCGAGAUCGCCGACCCGUCCGCCCUUGUGAACCAUGUCUACAGACUUAUGUCCAAGGAGCUCGGCGUGAACCCGGAUGCGCCCCUCAAGGAGAUUGAGGUGCCCGAGGAGGAGGAAGAGGCCGAGGAGGAGGACAAGGAGGAGGACGACUCCGAGGAGGAUUCCAAGGAGGACAAGGAG